GGCCAAUCCUGGUCCCUGUGGAGCGCGCAUUAUUCCCGUUGAGAAAGUGGGCAUGUAGUUGCCGGACGAGGAACGCCGCCUCCUUCUCAGACACCUUUUUUCUGGACUUGCCCAAACGUACCAGAUGCCCCGCGACUGUUAGCCAGUGAACGGCUCUCCCCGCCCGCCGCCGGUGCAACGAGAGAAUCAACGGAAGAGCGAUAAAGACGGGAGGGAGUUGCGCGUAAGAGCGCAUAGAGGUGGGACGUAAGUGGUGCUUUCGCGGCGGCCGGUGCUGACACGGAUUCGGGCCGUGGAAGAGAACGGAGCAUCACUGAGCUGAAGGCGGCGAUACCGAAUCCCUCCUGAACAGACCGUCGAGUCGUGGAUUUUGUUCACCGCGGAGAAAUGAAUCGAGCCGACACGGAUUGACUGUCUUAAUUGCUGCUAAUUGGAGCAGUUCGAAUUGUGACAAAACGUUAAUCGCCGGAGGGGAAAAAAAAAGUUUAGAACUCAGAGGACAGACACCUCGUAAAUGCUUUCGGAUCAUCAGAAAGACUGAAGCUGUCGUUAUCGGUGACGUUAGAUAUUACUUUUAAUUGCCCUGUGAUUUUUCUUGGCUUGGAGAGAGGUUAGUCUAAAAGCGAGAUUUCUCAAGAGCAGUCGUGCAGACGAAACGACGGAGCGUGUGCUUUUUGGGGCGCGCAGUUUUAAGGACUCCUGGUGGCAAGUGUACGAAGAUUUAAGAAAGAUGCUGAGGUUUUACGUCGUUCUGUGCCUUUUGGGAGCAGUGACUGAGGCAGCCUACUUUUCCCAGCAACCCCAAGACCAGGUAGUGGUGGCUGGCCAAUCAGUGACCUUGCCCUGUGUCAUCGUGGGAUAUCGAGGCAUGGUGCAGUGGACCAAAGAUGGCUUGGCCCUUGGUGGGGAACGAGACCUACCCGGCUGGACGCGCUACUCCCUGAUGGGAGAUCCUCUGUCAGGAGAGCACAGCUUGGUGAUCGACACGGCCGAGCUGGCAGACGACGCCAUCUACGAAUGCCAGGCCACGCAGGCAGCUCUGCGAUCCCAUCGGGCCAAGCUCACCGUGCUGGUGCCGCCUUCGGACCCGGUCGUGGAGGGGGGCCCCGUGGUGCGUCUGAAGGCUCACGCCCCCCACAACCUCACCUGUCGGGCUUCGGGGGCCAAGCCUGCCGCGGAGAUCACCUGGUACCGGGAUGGCGAGGUCAUGCACACCGCCAUCUACUCGAAGAUGCUGAUGGAGGACGGGAAGAGGGAGACAGCAGUCAGCUUGUUGCCCAUGGAGCCUGAAGACAGGGACUCCGGGCGCACCUACACCUGCAGGGUCCUAAAUCCCGCCGCGCCCGCCGGUCGCCAGACCUCCGUCACCAUCAACGUCCAGCACCCACCCUCCGUGACCCUCUCGGUCCAGCCGCAGACGGUGCUGGAGGGGGCGAAAGUGCUGUUCAUCUGCUCCGCCACAGCCAACCCUGAGAUCACAGGCUACAGGUGGUCCAAAGGUGGCGUUCCCAUCUCCGAAGCCAAAGGAAACACUCUGGAGGUGACGGUGGACCACUCCUACUUUACAGACCCCGUCUCCUGCGAGGUGUCCAACUCUGUGGGCAGCACCAACGUCAGCACUCUGGUGGACGUGCAGUUCGGCCCGAGGUUGCUGUCCGAGCCCAAACCGCUCACGGUGGACACAGGCAUGGAUGGUGCCUUCACGUGCUCGUGGACUGGAAACCCUCCCCUCACCCUGGCCUGGACCAAGCAUGGCUCCAGUGUGGUGCUGAGCAACAGCAACACGCUGCAACUCAAGGCCGUCACCCAGGAAGACGCCGGAACCUACACCUGCAAAGCCAUCGUGCCCCGGAUCGGCGUCGCCGAAAGAGACGUCGUCCUCACCGUCAACGGUCCACCCAUCAUCACGGCUGAAGCCACACAGCAGGCUGUCAAGCAUUCCAAGGGCAAGCUGGAGUGUCUGGUGGGAAGCAGCCCUCCCCCUGACAAAAUCGUGUGGACGUUCGGGGACAUGAUCCUGGCGUCCGGCUCCUCCGGACGCUUCUCCGUGCAGACAGUGAACAGUGACCGCGGGGUGCUGUCCUCCCUCAUCCUGUCCGAGACGCUGCCGCAGGACUUCCAGCUGCGUUACAACUGCACGGCCUGGAACCGCUUUGGAUCAGGCACCGCGUUGGUCACCCUCAAAGAGCAAGAGGCCCUCCCCAUACUCAUCAUCGUCGGCGCAUCAGUUGGCGGGGGCUGCGUCUUCAUCGUCUGCAUCAUCACCCUAGUGUCUAUCGGCUGCCGGCACAUGGCAAAAGGUAAAAAGGGCAGCCGCCUGUCCAAGAGCGACAUCCGCGUACAGAUCGUGCACAGUGACCACAACACCUCCCGUGGAAACGACGAUGAAGAGGAUGUGAAGGAGCCCAUGGCUCCCAACAGCAGUGAGUCUCCCGGGACGUCACGCACGGAGCACAGCGAUCUGCUCGAGGAGGAGGACGACGAGAGAUCAGACAUCAAGGACCCCACUAACGGCUACUACAAUGUGCGGGGUCACGAGGACCGCCACAUCUCCACCCGCGGCGGCUUCUCCGAAUACACGCCCAACUCUCGGCCCGUCUACACACCUUCCCAGCUACCCUCGCCCAGCCCGCUGUACGGCCAGAGCUCCAACCAGUCGCGCCUCUAUGACUUCUCCAACCGCUACGCCACCACAGCAGGGCCACGCACCGCCUACGAACAGCAGCAGCAGCAGACGCCCCUGCCUCCGCCUCCACAGCAGCAGAGCACCCCCGCCCUGUAUACGCAGGAGACGCUCUACUCAGGCUCCGCCUACCUGCCCGCCCCCUACGGCCGCGCCUUCACUAGCUACGUCAAGCCAGCCUCCUUUGAGAAGGCGGAGCCGUACGAGCCCUCGGACCAGGCCGGCAAGGCGUCCGGCUCCUCCCGCUUCUCCUACGCCUCCUCCCAGCAGUCUGAUUACGGGCGCCCCGCCCAGCAGCGUAUGCAGACUCAUGUGUGAACUAUGCCACCGGAGCCAACUAUGGGAUGUUCACCAGGAGAAAAAAAAAAGACUCAGUUUGGAAAUCCCUCUAGAACACGAUUUAGGGACACAAGUCAGCUGGGUCGGGAAUCAGACAACGGAUGUCGGUGCCGUCCUUGGGGUUGCCAUUUCUUAGAUGAAUAUGGGAUUUGAAGGAGUCUUUUCUCUGCUCACAUUUAAUGGUUGUCUCCUGACUAUACAACCUAAUUUAAUUGUGUUUAGCCUUGUCUACAACCUAACCUUCUGGUGAAUGAUUGACACCCUUUUAUUUCAUUCGACUUGUUGCAUUUCCACAAGUUGAUAGGCGCAGUGCCCCUUCUGGAGCUCGUUGGGGUGGGGGCAAUUGUGAUCUUUGUGAACCGCUUACAUGAACUAACCUUUGUAAAUGAGAAAUGUAGGACUCUAUGCUGGACAACAAUCCUCAAAAAAAAUCUUAACAAUUUAAAAAAUGCAAAAAGUACACAAAAAAAAAUGUCCUAUUUGAUGGCAUGCUGAAGCACAUUUGUUUGUCCAUGACAUGAGGAAUGCCCAACGACAAAAGAAUUUGAGCAUGACAGCAGAAGAAAGCUAGUGGGAGCCCUGGGUCUUUUUCCCAAGCCUUCAUCCGCUCUUCGGGUUGUUUGUCUGUUCUCGUGAGAGGGUGCUUUGGAAGAAAAAAAGAACUUGGCCAAAUGCAAAUCUCUGAAAGCUGUGAAUGAGGCACUUUAAGUGCCUUUCUGUCUGUUGAGGGGAGCAGAGAAUGACCAGCCAAAAACCAACACGCAGGCCAGAGACGAAAGUGGCGUCGUUUUGAAACUGUGCCCCCCAAAAAGCCGAGCCUGCGAAUGGUCUUUGGGGGUGGGGGCAGUGCUGUCCAGAAGCACCUGUUCGAAUGUGCCUCCACCGAGUGAAGUGGGUGGUGGUGGGCUGAAGGAGCUUCAGGAUACACAGUGAUACUUUACCAGCCGUCCCCGUGCACCUGUGAAUCACUGGCCGAGCAGACUUGUCUGGUCAUCCGAUAACACAAUCAAGUAUCUUGAAAAAUGUUUACAGAAAAAAAAGAGAAAAAUCAAAACACAGUGCUCUGGAUAAACGACAGGAGAAACUCCUCUCCUUCAUGUCUGUUGCAUGCAGAUUACGUGUCUCUAUGUGAACGUGCCAAACGUUUCUUUCCAUGUUCAUUCCUUAUGUCACAUUUUGCUUUACUGCACCAAACACAAUUGGGUCAUGGCAACCCAGAAGACUGGGUUCCUGUACUGCCAUUUUCCUCAGGGCCAGGGUGGCUUGGCUCUGUUGGGAGGGGGAAAAAAUGAAAUUUCACAAAGUGAACUGUGUCGACAAACACAACAUUGCUUGUCCUUAUUUUUAUACUUUAUAUAAGCCUUAAUGUACAGCUUGUAAGCUGCUCUACUGUAAAGUACAUUUAUAUUAUAAAUGUAUAUAAAUAUAUAUCCGAAGUGAUUUUAUUUCGUCCACAAUCUUUUUACCCUUAGGCCUGAGUUCAUCAUUUAUGUGGGAGAGUUCUCUUCCUUCAAGCCACAAUUGUCCAUUUUUAAUUUUUUUUUUAAAAUAUUAUGUAUUAAGGUUUUCUUUGCUAAAAUGAGCUAUUGUUGCUUGUAACUUUGUACACAUAUUUAUAUUUAAAUAAAAUCAUUUCAAAUAAAA